CUGCGUAGUACUUCACCAUAGCUUCAUCCGAAGAACAUUAUUCUCAUGCAUUUCCUACCAAAAAUGUCUUCCUUCUCGAUCUAUAUGCUAACAUUUGCUCUCCUUCUCCAAACCAUUUAUGGAGCCAGCCCUCUCUUCCAUUUCUGUUCAAGCUCUGAGAACUUCACCACCAAUGACCCUUAUGAUUCAAACCUCAGAAAGCUCUUGGGCAAUCUUUACUACCAAACCCCUCCCCAGGGCUUUGCUCUUGGUUCAGUCGGUCAGGAUCCCUACAAAACUUACGGGCUUGCUCUUUGUCGUGGUGACGUUGAAGCCACAGACUGCAGGACUUGCGUUAAUGAGGCCACCGCCGAGAUUCACAAACGCUGCCCGUAUAAUAAAGGUGCGAUUAUAUGGUACGAUAAUUGUCUUUUGAAGUACGUCAACACUGAUUUCCUUGGCAAAAUUGAUAACAAGAACAAGUUCUAUAUGUGGAACUUGAGAAAUGUUAGCGAGCCCACAAGCUUUAACCAAAAGACAAGGGAGUUGUUGAGCCUACUAGCCAAAGAUGCAUCUGCGACUCCAAAACUGUAUGCAGUUGGAGAGCUAGAGCUCGAAGAAUCAAAGAAGCUCUAUGGUUUGGCCCAAUGCACAAGGGACCUUUCUACAAGUGACUGUUUCAAGUGUCUUGAUGGUAUAAUUGGUGAACUUCCUCGUUGCUGUGAUGGGAAAGAAGGAGGAAGAGUUGUUGGUGGGAGUUGCAACAUAAGAUAUGAGAUUUACCCCUUCGUCACUGCUUAGAUUCUAAAUGUUCUGCAGUUUCGUCUUUUGAUGAAUAAGUGUUCUAGAGUUUAGAAUCGUCUAUACAUUAUAAACAAAUAUAAAGUCUUUGUAAGAACACGUCUAUAAUCAUUCUCACUUUUGGAAGGAUGCAGUAUAUCUUCCUUUCUAUAUGUUGCAUGUUUUCAUCAUCAACAUCUGUUGUGGAAUAAAAUUUUCUUUCGUUUCUUAA